CCCCCCUCUCUGCCUGGCUGGCCUGCUACGUGGUACAGAGCCCAUAGAGGAGCAGAUCCUUCAGUUGUGGCCCCCAGGAACCUCACACUCCGUGUCCCCGGGGGGGUGACGAUCCAGGACUGGCGAUGGAACUCUUCUGAACUUUAAUAUUUACACCCACCUACCUUGAACUUGAGUCGGUACCACCAUGGCCUGCUGGAUUUGCCGCGCCUCCCUUCUUCUCCUCGCCCUCUCAGUCGGCGCUCAGUAUGAACAUUACAGCUUUAGAAGUUACCCCCGAGAUGAACUGAUGCCCCUCGAGUCGGCCUAUAAAUACGGGCUGGACCAGUACUCGGGCGAGAAGUGGCCAGAGAGCGUCCAUUACCUUGAGAUAAGCUUGAGGCUAUACCGCCUCCUGAGGGAUAGCGAGGCGUUCUGUAAUCUAAACUGCAGUACGGCCCGGAUAGACGACAACCCUCCGCCGAAGGGCCUGGAAAAUGGGACUCAGUCCCAAGGUCGGUUCAACGACUUCCCCGAACUCAGGGUGUUUGGAGACGUUCUGAUGAGAUCUCGAUGCCUGAAACGUUGUAAGCAGGGUCUCCCCGCCUUCCGCCAGUCUCAGCCCAGCAGAGAGACCAUGCUGGAGUUCCAGGUCCGCGAGCCCUACAAAUAUCUCCAAUACGCCUACUUCAAGACCGAUAACUUGCCCAAAGCGGUGGCGGCUGCCCACACUUACCUCUUGUUGCACCCCGACGAUGAGAUGAUGAAGAGGAACAUGGCCUAUUAUAAGAGCAUGCCGGACUCGGAGAACCACAUCAAAGAUCUGGAGACCAAGAACUACGAGAACUUUUUCAUCCGAGCUGUUAGGGCCUACAACGGAGAGAACUGGAGAACCUCCAUCUCCGACAUGGAGCUGGCCUUACCCGACUUCUACAAGGCCUUCCAGGAAUGCACGGCCUUCUGCGAAGGUUCUAGAGAGAUCAAAGACUUCAAGGACUUCUAUCCAUCGGUGGCCGACCACUACAUUGAGGUCCUGAGAUGCAAAAUGAAAUGUGAGCGUGACCUCACCCCCGUCAUCGGAGGGUACGUGGUCGAGAAAUUUGUGGCCACCAUGUACCACUAUCUUCAGUUUGCCUACUACAAACUCGACGACGUUCGGAAUUCCGCCCCUUGCGCGGCGAGCUAUCUACUCUUUGACCCGGAUGAUGACGUCAUGAAGCAGAACAUGGUCUACUACCAAUACCACAAGGAGAAGUGGGGCCUUACAGAGUCGAACUUCAAGCCUCGCCCUGAGGCCACCCUGUUCUAUAACGUCACGACCAAACAGAGAGAGCUGUACCAGUUCGCCAUGCAGAACCUGGUAGAUGACGAUGAGGGAGAUGUGGUGGAAUACCUUGAUGAACUUUUGAAUGCGAGUGAUUUCUAAAAAAAAAGAA